AUGUUGAAGAAAUCGCUCCUAAACAUCCUCGCAGUGGUUGGCGUCUGUCACUCCACUGUGGUGGAUGUCCCCAGCGUCUUCGGCCCCAUCCCUCAUGUUGGUGACUUCUCCGGCGUCGACUCGAUCAAAUACCUCGAGAGACGCCCCGGAGACUUUGUUCAUCCCGGUAUCUGGCACACCCACGAGGAUCUGGAGCGCAUUCGGACCAAUGUUAUGUCCAAGCAAGAUCCCUGGGCCUCUGCCUACAAGAAAUUCAGCGCCGAUCAAUACUCCCAAGCCAGCUACCAGAUGCAAGGGCCCAAAGAGGUUCUCUCCCGCGGCAAGAUCAGCAACUACAGUACGUUCGCUCAUGACGCUCGCGCGGCAUGGCACAAUGCGCUGAUGUGGUACAUCACCCGCAACCAGUCGCACUGGGAUUGGAGCACCUCCAUCCUGGAUGCUUGGGGAACCAACCUGACCAACAUCAUCGGUACUGACCGCUCGCUGAUGAUUGGUCUUAAUAGAGAUUUGUUUGUCAACGCAGCAGAGAUCAUGCGCUGGGAGGGCAACUGGACGGAAGCCGGGGCCAAGUGGCAGGGAGGUUCUGGGUUCAGCAACCAGCUGUACUGGCUGUUUUCGCGGCAAUCAGCCGUUGUGGGACAGGCCAACCACGGUAUGGUCAGUAUCAAGUCGAUGCUCAGCUUUGCGGUAUAUCUGAAUGAUGUCGAACUGUACAACUAUGCGAUGAAUGCUUUUAUUCAGGACAACUGCGCUGGUCUGUUUGCGCAGUAUCGUCCGGAGACUGGUCAAUCCGUGGAAGCCGGCCGUGACCAAAGCCACACAAUGUCCGGUAUCGGGUGGACUGCAUACGGCGCACGAAUCGGACAGAGCCAGGGCGUCGAUCUAUACGGCCUGGGCCACAAUCUUUUGCUCAAAGCGGCCGAAUACGCAGCCAAGUACAAUCUGAACAAGACUGUGGAGUACAAUCCCAAGUGGGCCCGGUGCGAGGCGGUCCUGGUCAAUGGUCCCUGGGCAACUAUCUCGGAGCAGAGUCGCGGCGUAACGAAUCAGAAUCCCGUCUGA